UCUUUCCACCUAAAGGACCUUCCCCCUUUUCCUCCCCUCACCUCCCCAACUAUUUGACAACUAUCCCAAAUCAUAACUCAUUAUACCAAUUCCCCUGCUUUCCCCUGUUUUUUUUUUUAAUAUUCAAGUCAUCUAAAACUUCAACACUACAACUCAACUUCACACUCAUAUGUAAACCAAUCAAUCAUUAAAAAACUUCAAAUUUCAUUAAAAUCCCAAAACAAAUUCAAAUUCCAAUAAAAACCCAUCUCAAAUUACUCAUCAUGGAGAAGGAAUUCUUCUUCAAUGGUGGAAUUCAUAAUCCUUCAUUACAAUUUGAACCUCCAUUUUCAUGGCAUACAAUUUCUUCAACAAUAGAGAUCCAAACAUCACAAUCCCCUGAUUGUUUUCUCUCAACACCACCCCCAACUGAUCAAUUUGAGUCUGCUUUAAGCUCCAUGGUUUCUUCCCCGGCCGCCUCGAAUUCACCCUUAUCAAAUGAUAAUUUUAUGAUCAGAGAAUUGAUUGGUAAGCUUGGAAGUAUUUGUAAUUCAGGGGAUAUUACUAGUAAUUCAUGUUAUAGUACUCCAUUAAGUUCACCACCUAAAAUGGGUAUCCCAAUGCCAAAUAUGGAUCAUUUGGUAAAAGAAAACUUACCCAUUUUAGGAAAUUUGCCGGCAAUGUUGGGUGAUCCGGGAUUUGCGGAAAGAGCAGCUAGAUUUUCUUCAUUUGGAAGUAGGAGUUUUAAUGGAAGAACAACACAAUUUAGGAUGAAUAAUAGUACUAAAAAUAGUAAUAAUGGUAAUGGUGAAUUGGGUUAUUCUUCUAAUUUUAGUAAUUUAGGUGGGAAUGGGAAAUUACAGAGAGUUUCUAGUAGUCCUUCACUUAAGGAAGUUGGAUCUCAAGGUGAAAAUAAUAAUAAUAGUAAUAAUAACAAUAAUAAUAAUAAUAAUAACAAUAACAAUAUUAAUAAUAAGAAUUUGUUGUUGUUACCAAAUAUUGAUAGAAAGCAUGGAGGUAAUUUUGGUCAAGAAUGUAAUAAUUCUAGAGAGAAUUCAUCAAUUUCUGGUCAAAAUUUGGGUGGAGAAAAUGGAUCAAAUAGGAAAAGGAAAGCUCCUGCUAAUAAAGGAAAAUCAAAGGAACUACAAUCUCAACCUCAUCUACCUUCUAGUAGUAACAAGGUAGCUGAAAAUGGGGAAGAUUCAAGUGCAAAGAGAAGCAAAUCAGAGGAAAGUGGAGAAGCAAAAAGAGAAGAAAACAGAGGAGAUGAUGGGAAAAAACAGAGUAACGGAAACCAAAAGCCACCUGAACCACCAAAGGAUUAUAUUCAUGUUAGGGCAAGAAGGGGUCAGGCAACUGAUAGUCAUAGUCUUGCUGAAAGAGUUAGAAGAGAAAAAAUUAGUGAAAGAAUGAAACUUCUUCAAGAUCUUGUCCCUGGUUGUGAUAAGGUUACGGGAAAAGCAUUAAUGUUGGAUGAGAUUAUCAAUUAUGUACAGUCAUUACAAAGACAAGUUGAGUUCCUUUCAAUGAAGCUGGCUUCUGUCAAUCCAAGACUAGACUUCAACAUGGGAAACCUUUUCUCAAAGGAUGUGAUCCAACCAAAUUGCUCAUUAACGCAUCCAAUGUACCCAAUAGAUUCCUUGGCACCAAACCUUUAUGGCCAACCUCAUCAAAAUCCUUUACAAGAUAGCAUACCCACCACGGCCCCAUCUCCUAUGCAACCUCAUCAAAUUCAUGCUUUACAUUUACCAUCUAUUGAUCCUUUUUCUACUCCUCUUCCUCAGCUACCAUCAUUAUGUGAAGGAGACCUCCAAAGUAUUGUUCAAAUGGGUUAUGGCCAAAAGGAGAACGGAUUUCAAUCACAAUCUUUACAUGGGUCAAAUCCAUCACCACUAAUGAAAAUUGAGUUCUAACAACCAAUCAUCAAUCUUGAUUAUGAUGGCCAGAUGAGAGGGAAAAGGGGUGAGAAACAGAGAGGCUGCUUGUAUAUACAAAGAGAUUUUCAAUGAUUUUCAAGCCCAUUAUCUACUCCACGUAUCUAAUAAAAAAACAAAAUUAUAUUAAUACUCCCUAUCAAUAAAUUUGUCUCAUCUUUCAUUCUAAUAUAUCCCAGUAAAUUUGACCUAUUUCUAUUUUUAGAUAUCAUCCUAUUAUUUUAACUAUUUAAGUUCUAUAUUUUAAAACACCCCGUUAUUUUAAUCUAUUAUAUUCAACUUUUUAAUUUUUGUGUCAUUUACAAAUGAGACGAAGGGAGUAUAUAUUCAUCUCUUAAUUUUUUUCCACCAUUUCAUUUUUCCUUUUUCCUCUAAUGAUUUUAAAUUUUAAUUUUAUUAGUCUUGUCAUUAACUUUUAUUCAUGUAGUUAAUAUGCUUAUAUGUAUCUCUUGUAAAAUUUCAUGGUCAUUUUGGUGCAAUAUUGUGAAUUUGCACCACUCAAUGUAAUAUAUUAUGUUGAAAAAGGAAAGAAAUAUAUAAAUAUAUAGAAGUAUUAUUAGCA